AUGACUCUUUUGCCUCGUCUCCGUAUCUUCGCUACGCCUUUGCUCUCAUCUUCUCUACUUUUCCAGAAUGGUGGUAGAGAAAUGAUGACAAGAAUUGGCAUCAAUGCCUGCUCGCUUUCUUCUACAGCUGAAGCUUCAGAUUUAGAAUGUGAUGUGAUUCAUGAUGAUGUCAAAGAAGCAGAGAGAGCUAAUGCACUUUGCAUGGCUGUAUCACAGCUUGCUAGUGAGUUUAGCAAGGAAUCUAUGUUAUCUCUGCAGAAGUUUUUUGGUGUACGCCGUGCUCAUGCGAUAUCUACAGGCUCCUUGAAGCUUGACCUAGCUCUGGGAAUAGGAGGGUUGCCAAAGCGUAGGAUUGUGGAAAUUUAUGGACGAGAAGCAGCUGGUAAGACUACACUUGCUCUUCAAAUUAUUAAAGAAGCCCAAAAACUUGGAGGAUAUUGUGCAUAUCUUGAUGUAGAAAAUGCACUGGACUUCUCCCUUGUGGAAUCAAUAGGUGUAAAUACUGAAAACCUUCUUGUAUCACAUCCUGAUUGUGCUGAAAAUUUGUUAAGCAUGGUUGAUACAUUAACAAAAAGUGGAGCUGUAGAUGUGAUUGUGAUUGAUAGUGUUGCUGCCCUCAUUCCCAAAUGCGAGCUUGAUCAAUUAGGAGUUAACACUAAACGUGAUUAUCAAUCCCGAAUGAUGACUCAAGCACUGAGGAAAAUUCACUAUUCAUUAUCUCACUCUCAAACACUCAUUAUUUUCAUUAAUCAGAUUAGAUUUAGUCCAAAAUCAGUUAAGGAAUAUGGAUCUGUGGAAGAAGUCACUUGUGGUGGAAAUGCCUUGAAAUUCUAUGCGGCUGUUCGUUUGAGACUUUCAAGAAUGAGAUUGAUCAAAACUGAGGAUAAGGUAGAGGGUGUUCUGAUCUGUGCGCUAGUGGUGAAAAAUAAACUAGCACCAGCAGCAACAAAAAGGGCUGAACUCGCUAUCAAGUUUGGAAGAGGCUUUUGCCAUGAGUCAGAGGUCUUAGAUUUGGCCUGUGAACAUGGAAUCAUUGUGAAAGAUGAGGGAAACUACAUUAUUGAAAGGGGAAGUUUUGAUAGUAGAGAAGCAGCUGAACAGUUUUUGGCUCAAAAUGAUGCCAUUUGUGACAAGUUGGUUAGGGAUAUAAGAAGACUUUAUCUUUAA